AAGGAAAUGGGAAGCCCCCAGUGACUAGGCUUCCAGAAGUUUCCCACAAAACUAAUGUGAAAUGUGUCGAGCCACAGUCUACGUUUGUCUUGUCUAAGUUCAGAACUCAGGUCUGAAAUAACUCACUUGGCCAACUGGGACAUAUAAAGCAUAGAUCUGAAGUAAUGGCUGAAGAAAUACAACUCCGAGAAAAGAAGCAGAAAACUCUACCUCGGUCUGAUGGGUGUGGUCUGAAAAACUUUGAUGGUCUGGAUUUGUCUGGAGGUUUGAGGAUAGUCUUAGUGGGAAAGACUGGAUCAGGGAAGAGUGCAACAGGAAACACUAUACUUGGAAGAAUUUCCUUCAAAGAGGAUCCCAGCCCUGUGUCUGUGACCAAACACUGUGAGAUGCAGAGUGGGGAAGUGGAUGGGACUUUGGUGCAGGUUAUUGACACUCCGGGUCUGUUUGAUACAGGCAUCUCAGAGGAAGAAUUAAAAGUCAGAAUAGAGGAGUGUGUCAAAAUGUCAGUUCCUGGCCCUCAUGCUUUCCUACUGGUAAUCCGGCUUGGAGUAAGGUUCACAGAAGAGGAAAGAAAUGCUGUUAAGUGGAUCCAAGAUAACUUUGGAGACGAUGCUUCCAUGUACACAAUCAUGCUGUUUACGUGUAAAGAUCAAGCUAAAGCUGACAAUGCUCUGAAGGAGUGCAAGGAGCUGCGGAGACUCUCGAUCACAUUUGGACGCAGAUAUCAUGCUUUCAACAACAUUGACAUGGAUGACCGCGUACAGGUAAAAGAGCUGAUCAACAUGGUCAAGGAAAUGGUACAGGAUAACGGCGGUAAGCACUACACGAAUGAAAUGUAUGAGAAAGCCCAGAGGAAGCUAAGAGAGGAGGAGGAGCGGAGGAAACAAGAGGAGGAACAGAAGAAAGAGGAGGAAAGGAAAAUAUGGGAUGAGGAGAGACAGAAGCAGGAGGAAAAGAAAAUCAGGAAGAAAAAGGUUCAAAGAAAGAAUAUACGCGUGGCCGCAGCUUCUGCUGUUGUCUUGGUGUUUGCUGGGGUGGUCAUUGCAGUGGGAGCUAACACCACAGUGGCCCUGGCUCUAGGCGCCCCUGCACUUGUCCUGGGAAUCUUAUGCGGUUUAUCUGCCAUUUUCAUUUGGAAAGGCAUAAAAUGCAAGGCUAAAGCAAACGUGCCUGUAUAACAAGAUGGAGGGUAGUGGCAAGGAUAUUGUUCGGCUACAGUUUGUGACACUGAAUAAAAAACAGAAAUAUUCCAUAUACAGUAUUAGUAUCCCACACAUUAUGGUUUGGAACUAUGUCUAAGUGACUUGUUUAGGUUCUGUUUCUGUUUCAAAACAAGUAUGUGAAUUUAAAGCUAAUAGUAAACAAGUGGUAUGAAAUGUACUUGUUUGUCUUUUUUAUCGUUUACAUAUUAUAUAUGAAUGUGAGUAUCACUUCUUUUGGCUCAUUAGUAGGAUUCAAAAUAAUUGAUUUUAAAACCCAAAUGUAAAAAGAUUUUUCACCUAUAGAUUAUACCUUGGUAACUUAUAACCGUUAAAAUACGCAGGCACUGACACACUGCUUCCUUUACUUUUUAUUUGUAGCAUUCUGAGCUCAUUUCCCCAAAGGAAAUGGGAAACAAUGGUAGACGUCCAUUGACCCAUCACGUCUGCGGAAACAGAGCAAGUCCUCAUUGUCCUGCCACUACAACAAUGUCAGUGCAUACCAUCAGUACAAACAUGACCAGCACAGAUGUUAAAAUGAAUGGUAGUCAGUUUCUGUCAGCCACAAAAUGAUCAAAGUAAGGACACUGCUACUUGUUCUGCAAUUAAGAACAAAAGACAGUGAAGCUGAACAUUAUUUAUUUAAAAUUACAAAUGAAAAAAAAGCAAGGAGGCUUAGUAUCAAAUAACUGGUGUGUUCAGAUGUGAAAAGGUUGUAAACUGAGUUUUAGGUGGCGCUUAAAAUGUACAGGUUAUAUUUUAAAUGCCAACUACACCUACAACCUGUAUUAUAGGUUAGAUUGGUCUAUUUCGAUCUGUUUGACUAAUACCUGCAAUGGAAUGAGUGUUAUGUGUUAUUUGCUAAUGAAUCUUACAGGAAAACUUGUACCAAGAAUCAUUUCUUGUUUCAGUUUCAUUUGUCAUAAGUGUAGUUUGUUUAUUUAUUAUGCGUUUUGUGUGUAUUUCCAUCCAUUUAUGCCAAGAAAACCUCAUGACCUUUCAAAUAGCCUAAACCAGACCUAGUGUAAAAUCAAAUUAUUUUAAUGCUGUUUGAAUGUGAUAUCAUGACACGGUAAUUUAGCUGUCAGCCAGUGUAUGAUUAGUGUUGUAUAUCAGCAAGACUGAUGAAUUUCAACUUGGAGGUUUUUGCACAAUCUUGGUGGUGGGGCAUGAGCAAAAAAGAACUAAUGACAUUCUGGUACAGAGUGGAUGACUUUAUUUAAAACAAUGAAAGCAGGCAUUAGCACAAGAAAAGGCAAUGAUUUUAGUGGAAGAUGUACUUUCAAAUGCCCUUUUAUAGUCAAAUUAAAUAUAAAACUGUAAAUCAGAUCAUACAUUCAAUUUAAAAACAAAAACCCAAUCCUGAUUUACAGUAAAUAUCUAUAAUGAA